AAACCCGUGAACGGACACUGGCCAGUCUGUCUUUCUCCUCUACAGUCCCCAGCACCAUGAGCACCACAUGAUAAGUCUGUAGACCAUCCUUAGUACAAUAAUGGUUCCUCAGAACAUUCGUUGCGCACGAAUUGGCCUGUCAAUACGAAAACCUCGCUGCUGGAGUGCUCGAAACUUGUCUUUUGCAGCAGAAUCUCCUUCACAUGCGAGCGUGGAAGAAACGCUUCCAUCCUUUCAGAGUUCUCAUCUCCCUGCAUACGAUGGUCCUGUGCUGAAGCUUCGUCCUCAUGCCGUGAGGGACGCGAAAGUGCCGCCGUCCUUUCAGCUAAAGAGUGGCGGACUAUUGCUAGCCCAAGCAAAUAAACACAACUCAGGCCCGACUCCUGAGCCAGAGAAUGGAGAAGAAAUAUCUGACCAGGAGUGGGAGAUCCGCACAGGAAGAGCCAUAUACAUCCUCCAACAGACCUUGCCCGACUUCUUUUCGACCGGACUCGUUUCCUCAUUGGAUACUCCCAUCGUACCGCGUGCAGACGGUCGGAAGAUCGAACCAGACGAACGCUCAGAGAGUAUAUAUAGUCCACGGGUACGUCUGGAGUAUGAACCACCCGUAGCACUACCCACCCCCUUGCCUCGAGUGCUUCGCAUAGAAGGUCUGCAUCUCUACAUCGCUUCCUCAGUGUUUGUGCGACAUACGUUGAACGCACUCUACGCGGAUCUCCAUGUCGAGAUUCGUCGCGUACGUUUACAUGGUCCUCCACAAAACUCCUCAGGUUCGACACCAGACGAUCGUCCGCCAAGUUCAUCCACACGACCGCGAAGUACGCGAGAGAAGACUCUCGCCAUCGGUCUCACCGUCACUGGGGCCGGACGUGUCAGCGGUGCUCCAGCUCAAUGGGAAGUGAACAGCACAUACACGUUUUCUCCAACGACAGGUCUAAUCCAACUGCACACUGUCGACUCAAUUGAACCGGCUCCUCAUCAAUCCAUAUUCGAGGCUCUAGGUCGAUUCGGACUGAUUGGUAAUGGGGCCGUCGAUAACGGUCUGAAAGGUGCCGGAGGAGCCAGAUAGAUUGUUUGGACGCAUCGCGCAGUCAUGCGGAGUAUGGUCGGACCUCUCAGUUCGAAUCACUUUGUUGUUUACUCGCUACCACCACUCAGCAUCAGCCUGGAUGGACUUCGGACAUUCUGAAGACAAAUGUACCAUACAGCAUUACCGUAAUAAUCGUAUCGUAUGAAUUUCCUUUCAUACCCGAGCGCUGUUUCAAAGAACCGACCCUAAACCAUUGGUAUCGCUUCUCACAUAAAGACGUUAUGUCUACGAGGCCGUUGGUUUGGGUAUCUCCUACAGUAUGUACACGUUGGGUAUACUUUUGUUUUCAAACUACAGAUAUCUACAAGACCAACGUCCGGUCAUCCAAACACCAGCUGCUUAGACAGCAUAUUCACUAGAAAUUCUUUCCUUC